ACCCCACGUAUCCGCCAUCAUUGAUUGAUCAUUGAGAAAAUCGGCGUUCAGGAAACGGCGACGCGUAGUGUGGUGUUACGAUUUGAGUAAUCAGAUAAACUAACAUGGGUGUGAACGUAGAAACUAUUUCUCCCGGAGAUGAGUCCACCUACCCCAAGUCGGGUCAGACCGUAGUGGUCCACUACACUGGUACGCUGACCAACGGCAAGAAGUUUGACUCCUCCCGUGACCGUGGCAAGCCUUUCAAGUUCCGCAUCGGCAAGGGAGAGGUCAUCCGAGGCUGGGAUGAGGGUGUUGCCAAGAUGUCGGUGGGCGAACGUGCCAAGCUGACCUGCUCCCCGGACUACGCCUACGGCCAGCAAGGUCAUCCUGGAGUCAUCCCACCCAACUCCACCCUCGUCUUCGACGUAGAACUCCUGCGCCUCGAAUAAAACUAUAAGCAGUCACCUAACUUUAAUUAAUUUACAUUUAGACAUUGGAACUAUUUCUCUUGUUUACUUAGUCCUAUGGCUGGAAUAAAUAAGAAAUCUUAAUACAAAAUCGAUUGGUUUUUGAUGUAAACUCCAUACAAAUUUUAUUACUUUUUUAAUUUAACUAUUUCGAUCGUUAGCAGUCAAUCAGAAGGAUAGCUUAAUCCCAGUGAACAAGAGAAUGGUUCCAUGUGAGUAUUUCAACUUAAUGUCUUUUAAAGUAAUUAAUAAAACGUUAAACUUAUAUCGGUACAUGAACUAAAUGGGAAAACUGCCAACAUUGAAUGUCAAAUUGGAAACUAUGAAUUUACUUGAUGUAAUAUUUAAAGAUUUUCAUGUUUUUUUAUGAUAUACUUCUUAUUAAGAUCUUGCACAAUGAUACUAAGUACCUAUGUCAAA